CCCACGAGGUCAUGACCAAGUUGUUCUCCACCUUGCUAUGGGUUCUCAUAGUUCCCUUGUCUCAGUUUAUUGGAAUGGCGAUUCAAGAAGGAACAUCAUCUUGUGGAUGGACCAUAGGGCUCUUGACCAAGCCGAGCGAAUUAAUUCUCACAAUUCACCGAUAUUGCAAUUUAAUGGUGGGAGUGUCUCCCCAGAAAUGCAAGCUCCAAAGAUCAGGUUAUAUUUCCUUGGUAGCAUGGCAGUAGCACCCAAUCAGACCACAGCCUCGGCGGGUGUGCUCUGCGAUCUUGGCCACCGUCGGCAGGUUCGACCUCCGCCGCCACUGAAAGCUGCCCCUGCUCAUCACCAUAUCAACGCCGAGGCGACUUGGAUCAGGGAGCAUAUGGAGCGACACUUGCAGAGGCGAUGUCAGCGGCUGUCGAGUGCUGACCCGCCCGUUGGCUACCUCUGAGAGUGGCACAUGGUACUGAAUCAACGCCAAUUCCCUCGCCAUGCCCCUUCCCUGGUAAUGACCCAGGCUCCACUCAUCUCUGCUCCACUAGAUGCACUUUCCUCCCUUAGGCUUUCAUUUU